CGACAUGAGCGAGCGUUUGUUAUUGGCUGGGCGGCCAGAUUUCGAGAGAUGCGACAACAAUGUUGUUACCGCGAAAUACACUGCAUUGACGUUUCUGCCUAUGGUAAGUGAAAGCCAGUAUAUUUGGGAGCAACAGCGGAAAUCGACGUAAAAAAAAAGGAGACUAAAUGCAAAAUAAAAAUACGAGAUUUUACUACUCGACCAGCAUUUCACAGCUCACGAUAUGCUUUGCUUUUUGUUACUGCGAAUUACUCAGGCUACGAGAGAGCAGUUUCGGAGAUUUGCAAACGUUUAUUUUCUAUGCAUCGCAGUUAUUAUGUGUCUUGGGCAGUAUACAGGAUACUUUGCUACAGCGAUGUCUCCGUGGACUACGCUGGGCCCUUUGUCCAUAGUAAUUAGUGUGAGUUUGACAGUUGAGGGAUUGGCAGAUAUCAAAAGGCAUCGAAGUGAUGCAGAUAUCAAUAAUGGACAAUGCAUCAUAGUCAGGCGUUGUGAGGAUAUCGGUCGAGACGAUGGUGCAGAGAGAGACAACACAAUCAUUGGUGGGAAAGAUGUCAUCGUGAACCUGUCGAAGAAUUAUUUAUUGGAGGGGUCGAGCAAAAGGCUUUUGAGUAGGGAAGUUGAACAACCCGUAACAAGCAACCCAAGUUUAGUGCACGUUGCAUUUCAGAAAAUAAAACGGAAGAACAUCCGCCAGGGUCAUAUUAUCUUGAUUAGAAAUAGAGAAGCAGUUCCAGCAGAUACAAUAAUUCUGGCGUCGAGUGGCGAAAAUGGUUGUGCUUACAUCGAAACAAGUUCAAUCGACGGAGAAACCAACUUGAAACUUCGAAACAGUCCUAAAAUACCCUCUGCAAUUUUGAAAGAUCCAAGGAGUAAUGAUUUGAACAACGAAUCACAAAAAGAUGCUUGUGACGAAGAUGACACGUUUCAGUCUUUGGAAUUGGCUACCAAAAAAAUUACCCAGCUCUCUGCCUUAGCGUAUCCGAAUGGGAUUCCGACCAUAAGCCAUUCUGAUACCACGCACACUGAACGAAGAGAUUCGAAGUCCUUCCGUUUUGAAAGGAAAGGGAGGUCUCUCAGAUCCUCGAUUGACGACAAUGAAACCGAAAAUGAACCCAAUCAAUACAUUGCAACGCUAACGUCAGAGCCGCCCAAUUCUCAUAUCAACACAUUCUCGGGAAAGUUGACGCUGCCACCUUUGGAAGGAGGGGGAGAGUUCGUCGAGAUCCCUCUUGAUGCUGAAAACAUAUUACUUCGGGGGGCGAUUUUGCGCAACACAGAAUGGGUUUUGGGAUUUUCUUGCUUCACUGGAAAUGACACAAAGUUGAUCAGAAACUCUUUUCAAACACCAUCAAAAUUCAGCCGCAUUGAUGUCCUGAUCAACAAAUAUGUCGUGCUGAUUGUCCUGUUUAUGUUUAUGUGCAUCCUUUACCUUAGUAUAAUGGCCGUUUUCACCAUGGACAAGAGUUUCGAUGAACUAUGGUAAGUAACUACGGGGACGAAAAAUGAACCGAUUUGAUUCCGUUUUAACUUAUACUGAUUCAACCUUGACGUAUUCUUUUCUUCAUCAUAUUGGCAUUUCCAGGUAUGUAGGAUAUAGCCAUAACUCAAACCCAUGGCCGUAUUUACCAAAUUUGCCACCACCCGAAUGGGUCAAUACUUCGAACAAUGUCCUUCAAAACUUUCUCAUGUUUACCACACUCUUGAGU